UCUCUCGUAAAAUAGAUUUCUCGAGUAGGUCAUCACUCCACCUCAUUUUCAGGCUUUGUGCGCAGUGGUAGCCGAGAGUCACCCUCAUGCUGAGCGUGGGCAGGAUCUUGAUUCUUUUCCUCAUUGUGAUGGCCUGGCAAGAUCUUUUGCUUCACAUCGUCAACUUUCUCAUGCAGCGCCCGUACUUUGUGUUUAGUUCGGGUGUAUCCCUCGAUGCCCGCGAGAACGGCGUACGACUUGCUAAUGGAGACGUGAGACAUGUCGACCCCUCGAUCUUGGAGGGAGUGAAUAAAGGCACGAAAGUUUGCUGCUGGAGGACGGUAAUGGCCACUUUUACAUGGUUAGUAGUUUCCAUAAGUUGAAGACGAGAAGGAAUAUACCUCAAUGGUGCCAAACUACGAAGCUGUCCAUCCCGGACCUUGAUUAGACCUGCAGCGGCAAUGCGAGCACC